AUGUCGAGCUCGCGCUGGACUCCUCCCCCGUGGCGCUCCUCCAACAAUCGCGUCACCCGCGCGCAAUCCAAUCAGGCCACAGCCAACAGCUCUCUCCGCUACGUCAACUCGACAUCCUCCCACCUCGCAGCCGCGGCCAUCUAUCUGCGCCAGCCCGCCCGUAUCCGUAUCUAUACCGCGAUUCUCCUUACCGCGCUCUUCAUGGGAGCCAUGAUCUGGUCCUUCGCAACCGUCUUUAACGGGCGCCAUACCACCGAUAUCCCACAAGCAUACCGUGUCUCCACGGAUGAAGGUCAGAAGAAUCUUGCCGCCUUCGUGCUGCUCAUGGCCGGCGGGUUUUGGAUUACCUAUCUCCUCAUCGGGUUCUUCGUUGCGCUGGGUCGGAGAAUUAGUCCACUGUCCUGGGACAUACAGAAGCCGAGAGACUCGAAUCGAUCCUGUUUUGGCCGUGUAAGGCCGUCUUUGGAUGUUCGGAAAUGCUUGGAGGACUUCUGGAAGAGCGCUGUAAAUAUCUGGCUUGGAGUUCUUACGGGACAAUGA